CAAGGCGUGUCUUUUUUAUAUCCGCAAAGGAAGUGUUUUGCGAAGCAGACGUGAAUACGCAGAUGGUGGAGCUGAUCGACGGGGAAAAGUGUCGGCGAGAUUAACUGUUCCCGCUUUCCCACCCUCCCACACCCUUUCUUUGUAGCUGCGCGACUUGCGCUGCUGCGUGUUCUCAUCGCUAUGAAGCUGUGGUGGAUUUGAUUAAGUUGAGUGCUAAAGAGUUGUCCUAAGGCGAGAGUGGCGCAAGAAGUGCUACUGCGCUCCUAGAGGCGCAAGAGAUAGUGUCGCCAAGGGUCCACCCGGUUACAACUACCGGAAGCAAAGAAAAAAAAAAAGAAGAAAGUUGAUAAUGAAGUUGUGAAGCAGGGCCAAUAGAUGGAGCAUGAAAAUGUGUGUGUUAUUGUGUAACGAAAGUUGAAGGAAAAAGGUGGAAAAUAUUUGCGCAUAAUGUGUAAUUAGUCUCGGACCAGCCGAGUCAAAGAGCAAAAAGUUUGCAUUUUCAUAGAUCGAAUCAAAUUCCAAGUGCCUUAUCCUAAAAGCAAAAAAGUGAAAAAAUAGCAAAAUACUUGUGCUCAGUGCAGUGGAGAUUAAUCUCAACUUCUGUGCCCAGGUUUCUCAUUAAGUGACGCAAAUACGUUUCGAUCACCGGGGGGAAUUGGUGCUAAAAUGCCACACAACAGUUCUACUGGGGAUGAGCUGGGCAGCACGGACGAGGUGAAGGUGUUCAAGGAUGAGGGUGACCGCGACGACGAGAAGUUGUCCGAGAAUCUGCUGGAAGAAAAGUCCAGCCUCAUCGAUCUGACCGAGAGCGAAGAGAAAACGGUCAAGAAUGGCACGACACGCCACGAAAGCAGCAGCUCGCUGUAUGGAGGAAGUGGCGGGUCGGGAGGUGUGGGAGGGAAACUCCCGCAUGGAGCUCCCCACCCGGGUUUCAAUAUGGGCUACAUCGUUCCACCUUAUUCGUACGCGAAUGGAGCCCCCGGAGGACUUCCGGUAUCGAUGGCGAACAAGAUGAACCUGCCACCAUUCUUCUGUCACAAUGGAGAUCACCUGUCGUCGCCGCCGCCCGCCCACUGUGGCAUCUUGCCGUACCAGCUCGACCCGAAGACAAUGAGUCUGACGAGGCCCCCGCUUUACAGCUUCCCCACAAGCCAGUACCCCUACCCGAUGCUCAGUCCGGACAUGCUGCCGGUGGCUCCGUCCUGGCACACGCCCUCCUUGUACAGUCCUGCGGCCGGCUUCCGCACGCCCUACCCGUCGUCGCUCCAGAUCUACACGUCCCUGUCUAGCGACUUCUACCGGUACUCGCCCACGCUGCUGCCGUCCGGCAUCCACCCAGGGCAUCCGGUGCUGAACCCGGGUCAUCCGGCGAUCAUAACACCGGGCCCGAAGCAGGAUAUUCCAGGCCGGUGCGAUCGGCAGGGUGGGGCACCGAUCAAGCAGGAGUCUUCCUCGAGUGGUGGAGGAGGAGGAGGGUCGGUCAACGAUCACGAGCCAUCGUCCGGCCACCAUCAUCACCACCACCGAUCGUCCUCCUCCUCGUCCUCGUCGUUCCACCAUCAUCACCACAGUAACAACAACAAUAAUAAUAGUAACCAUCACACCAACCACAACCACCACAGUCAUCACCAUCACGGCAAUCACAAUCACCAUCACAACAACAACGGCGGCGGUGGAGGUGGUGGUGGCGGUCACAAGCACCAGUCGCUGGCGGAACGGGAGGCGGCCCUCGAGAAGAAGCGCAGUCACGUGAAGAAACCGCUGAAUGCAUUCAUGCUCUACAUGAAGGAGAUGCGUGCGAAGGUGGUGGCCGAGUGUACGCUGAAGGAGUCGGCCGCGAUCAACCAGAUCCUCGGGCGGAAGUGGCACUCGCUGUCGCGGGAGGAGCAGAGCGUGUACUACGACAAGGCACGCCAGGAGCGGCAGCUGCACAUGGAACUCUACCCGGGCUGGACGGCGCGGGACAACUACGGGUACGGGGCGAAAAAGAAGAAGAGGAAAAAGGACCGCAGCCCGGCGGAUCCGGGGGGGAACAGCAUGAAGAAGUGUCGGGCGCGAUACGGACUGGACCAACAGAACCAGUGGUGUAAGCCGUGCCGGCGCAAGAAAAAGUGCAUCCGCUACAAGGAAGCGGGGGGAGGCGACCGAGGCGAUGGCAGCAGUGAUCGCGAGGGUGGUCGGGAUCGGGGGGACGGGUCGGACGACGCGAUCGGGAGCUGUGGCAGCAUGGAGGACGACAGCAGCAAGUCGCCAGGCGAAGAGGAUGAAGACCGUGAGUCGAUCAACCAGUCGCUCUCGAGUCCCCGGUGCUUGAGUGUCCUCUCGAGUCUUCAGUCGCCUUCUACGAGCAUCGCAUCGCCGCUCAAUCUGCUCGCCAGCCCCGCGACGCCCACCAACUUCUACCACCACCACGACCACCUGGGGCUGGCGUCGAUGAUUGCUUCGGCGCAACAGCAGCACCAGCAGCAGCAACAGCUCCAGCAGCAACUGCAGCAGCAGCAGCAACAUUACCUCCACCAGCAGCAUCACCUCCAUCAGCAGCAUCAUCAUCAGCAGGCGGCGGCAGCGGCUGCAGCGGCUGCUGCAGCCCUCCAGAAUGUCAGCGACAAGCUGAACAACAUCAGCAACGACUCGGGCAUCGGCGGGUCGCAGCUGAACAACAGCUACAGCAACAACUUCAGUCCCUACAACAAUCAUCACACUAUGCGCACCAACUCGGCGUCCUCGUCGGCGAGCAACGGGACGACCAACCUGAACAGUAGUUCCUCCAGCACCUCCAAUGGUCCCUCGGCCAGCCUCGGCAAAAAUCCGGCAGCUUCCGCCUCGCUGCUGCCCCCGACGCCCUCGACGCCUACACUCGCUCCUCCGACGCCCUCCUCCUCGUCCUCGUCGUCAUCCUCGUCGUCGUCCUCGUCGUCGUCGUCGCUAUCGUCGUCAUCGUCCACGCCCUCCCUCCAGAUCCCGCCACAUCUGCAGCAGCUCAACCUUAAAACGUCCCCGCCACUGCUGCCCAACACACCGCCCUCAUCCGGCAGUUCCUCGGUGUCCUCCACUACCGCCAUGGCCAUCAAGGAAGAGUUGCCGGACAGCAGCACCGGCAACGGGCUCGGAGGCAGCUCUUCUCCCAACGGCUCGCAGCUACCGUCCAGCCCACCUUCUUCGGGGGGUGGAUCCGCAAGCAGCGGGUUCCUGUUACAUCCUGCCCAUCAGCACCACCAGAAUCACCAUCACCACCUUGCUUCUGCCUUCCAUCAGCAGCACCACGGUGGGCAGUUGGGGCUUACGGGCAGCAAGCAGACAAACGGUGAUCUCUCCCCAACGACGACAACACCGCCGACGGGGAUCUUGGCCAACGGAAGUGGUCCACCGCUGGCAAUGCCUUCAACCGAAGCCAGCCGGACACUUUCCGCAGCCAACAGCAAUGACAACAACCCAGCAGCAGUAGCAGUCACCAAUGGCAGCAGUCGGAGCAGCAGUAGCAGUAGUCAAAUCGCUAGUGAUAGUUUUCCGUACAUGCCAUGUUGGUGACCAACGCUCCCGUUUGACCGGUGCGUGGGCAAGGCAUUGUUUUUCAAUGGAUCUCCAAGAAUAAGUCUGCAACAAUUGGCACUACGCGCGCAUACAACAAAAACCAAAAAUGAAUUUCCAGGCAAACGGCCCACCUGGAAGGAAAGCCAGGAUAGUGAGUCGGUUUGGGUAUGCGUGGGUAUUUCGCAUGAGUCAUGCGCCGAUCGCACGAAGAGAUCGUUGGGGUGCGGAAGGCGACAGUUUUGACGCAGAUGUUAUCAGAUCGGAGACGAUGGCAACCAAGAUAGGUAGGGGAGGGUGUGGUAUAGGGCUACUUUGUUCAGGGUCGAGGGCAGUGCUUCUCAUAAUAUCAAUCUCAAGAACGACACUGACGAUGUCGCGGUUCCGAGUCUUCCACAAAGGAAGCCCUUGGUUAGUGAUCCGCUCUUUCGCUGAAAUGAUGCUCACGGACAGAAGAAAAACGAACUGGACGAAAAGACGUGAAGCUGAUCGAAAAUAAUUGAUAUUCGUGCAUUGCAAGGCACCGUAGAAACAAAUCUAGCGAACGAGGCAGUCUAGCAAUGAAAGAGAAAAUGGGAGGCUUUGACGUUGACGGUGAAACAACGACGCUGAUGGAACGGAAGAACAGCGCAUCCUGUCACAGACUGCCUUUCACUAUGUGAAGUACAUUGUAUGGAAAGAAGCUAUGGUAGAACGAAUGUGACUUAGUGGGUGGAAGCAGCCGUCGUACCAUGGCCAAGAAAAAGAAUGCAACUCUCUGGAAAUUGGCCUGCGAUAAUUUUCCCUUAGUGCUACGCUACAAGUCGAAGAGCGAUCCGAUCGUACAAGCAGAAAGACCACAACGGCAGCAACAGCAACGAACUCGAGAAACGACGACAAUGGAGACGACAACGACAACAACAACGACAACGACAACGGCGACGACAGUCGGUGAAAUCCGACAACGACAGUGGGCGCUUUUGGACUCAUGGGAGCGAGUUUUCUCUCAGCUUAUUCAGCCACAGCCAUGCCACUCGGAAAUAAGGACAACCUUUAUAACGACAUUUUUCGCGCCGAAAAUGAACUUACUCAUAGCAUGGAUGCUGCCGAACGGCUAUCCGACGAGCGUGUCCUAGUGUAAUGGUUUGCAUUGCAACACGCGAUUACCACGCGACCAAAAAGGCUACAACUGCAAUCGUAGAUAGCAGUUCCUUUGCAGGUCGGACAAUUUUUCGAGAUUUUUACCAAAAUCUUUUGCAACAUAGCGUAAACGAUUUAGAGCCGCUAGAUUAACUGGCUUCCAGGAAUAGGACAGACUAGCCUCGACAAACAAGAGCCUCGACGAAAGGAGUAGAAACUCUUGCUCGCUUCCUUCUAAUUGUGAAAGACCGUAACAAUUAUCCCUGAUUGCUGCCUAGAUAGAAAGACUUCCUACAGCUCUGCUGGACAUUUGUCCUCGAUAAGUUAUGUUAAUUUUUUUUCAUUUGAUCCUGGGAAAGGAUGAUUUUCUGGAAAACAAAUGAUAAACAAAAAAUCGCAAAAAAAAUAAAGCAUCCUGGUCCAUUCGUCGUGGACACUGAUCAAUUAGCAAAGAA